AUGCCUUCGGCCGCUACCGCAGAAACCCACGCGGACGAGCAUCUCCCAGGCGUGGCCUCCGAGAACAGCCGGCGGUCAGCAGAGCCCGGGGGCAGCCCCGGCACGGCCGCCAGCCCAGGGCCCCGCCACGCGUCCUCCGGGAGCGCCGCGGGCAGCCGGUCCCCCUGCUCCUUCCGGAGCUUGAGUUCUUACGACGACUACUCGGAGGACUUUCUCUCGGAGUGUUCGGAAACCGCUGUCCACAGCAACUACUCGGAGAAGCCUGCGGUCAAAGGGGAAAAGGAGGAGAAGAAAAACUGCGUUUCUCAAGUCUCCCAACGUAAAGUUAACAGGUGGCCCCGUUACAGAGCACCACCGUACCUGGAUUUCACGGGCUUCUUGCCUCUCUUCCCAGCUGAAGAACCCCAGUUCGGAUCCCCAAAGAACCACACACUCCUGCCUCGGCAGCCCAAGAAGACGGUCUCCAAGUCCGGCCAGAAGGAGAUCUCAGCUGAAAGCAAGCACAGCCGGAAUGCAUCGAAUUUAAACUCUAAGAUCAGCACGACUGUCCAGAGAAGAGAGGCUGUGACUUACCGCAUACUCUCGGCAAGGCUCCACAGAAUCAAAGAACUGAAGAACGAACUGGCUGACAUACACCGGAAACUGGAAGCCACGGUUGUGGAAAACCAGUUUUUGAAACAACUUCAGUUCAGGCACUUGAAAGCCAUAGGAAAGUAUGAGACUUCACAGAAUAACGUACCUCAGAUCAUACUUAAACAUCAGAAUGAAGUUAAAAAUUUAAGGCAGCUACUGAGGGAACCAAAAGAGAAGGAAAGAACUGUAUCCAGGAAACUGAGAGACACCGAGAACGAGUUGCUGAAAACCAAAGACGCCCUGCAGGCCCUCCAGGCGCUGUCUGAAGACAAAAGUCUGGCGGAGAGGGAAGAACUGACUCAGAGAUUGGCUAGUCUCACGACGAAAAUGGGAAAUGACCAAAAGCUACAGAACUUGGAGAAGCAGCUGAGGUUGAAGACGAAAGCCUUCGGUCGGCAGCUGGCCACGGAGACCCAGAAGACUCUGGUCGCCCAGUGCAGCUAAAGAGGCGCUGCACAAGGAGGUCCGGCGCCUCAGCAGAAACUUAAGGAGAAGGACAGAGAGCUUGAAAUCAGGAACAUCUACGCUAACCGGAUACUGAAAAACUUACAUGACACCGAAGAUUAUCCAAAAGUGUCUUCAACAAAGUCAGUACAAGCGGACAGGACCGGCGCUCCCACCACCAGUGUGAGGCACCAGGAAACCCAGAAAUCCGAGGACGCCCCCACCUGGAUGACUAAGAGUAAGAAGACGACAGGAAACGCUGGUCAUAGAGAAAAGCCGACGGAAACGGUCCGUGCAAUUCCUCGCUACAGCAGCAAACUACCAGGCCAAGAAGGUUCCGAGAGAAAACACGAAGGUAAUUGAACACCUUUUCAUUCAUAUUUACCCUCACUGGUUUUU